AUGUGCACUAGCAGGAAGAUCGUCUGGAGUCUGUUGGUGCUGUCGGUGCUGGAGAUCGGGUUUGGCGUUGCGAGCAUCACGUUGGGUGCGGUGGGGAUCAGCCGCGUCCGAGCCGUUCAGAAGACGCAGUUAGGAGAUGCAUCCCCAAUUUGGAGCGGUGUGUGCUUUGUCAUCUGUGGAUUCUGUGGAGUCUUGUGUGCUAUCAAGAGGUCAGGACUCAUUAUGAUAUUGUUUUCAGCCUGCUGCAUCUGUGGGCUGAUCGGCGGGAUCCUGAACAUCCAGUUUGUGCGGGUGCUGGUGAGGAGGCCUGACGCGCUCCGCUCCCUGCACCUGGCCACGCUAACGCUGGCCUCCCUGGGCAUCGCCGGCUGCACCCUCUCCACCUGGCUGACCUGCCGGCUGGCCAGCACCGAGCAGCAGCGGAUGUUUCUGGAGAGGGAACACUCUCUGCACCACUCCCACGAGAUGACCGAGAAGGACUUCUCUGAAAGGAGAGAAAAGUCUGGGAUUCCCCAGAUCUCUCUCAAUGGGAAGACAUCGCUGCCAUGUUGGAGGGCUAAGAAACAAAUGAACAUCAUUAAUAAGGAUAGGGGAGAAUGCUGA